AUGGGGGGUAGCAAUCGCUCCCAUCGACGCCGGCCCAAUUUGAACGUUGACACGUUCGCACCCAACUCCCCCUCGCAUAGACGAGAUGCCGCCCCCGGAAGCUCGCCGCAGCGGAAAGCCCCGGGGUCUGCCAAAGGCAAACCGCCUGUGUCGAGCCGGGCGCUUAAGCUGCAAACCACCCCUUCCGCCGCGACCACCUCUUUGAAUGGUAGAGAUCGUAAUUUCGAAGAGUCCUUUCUUGAGAACGACACCCCAGUGGAUAUGGCCAACAAGGAGAACGAGCCAGACUUCUCGCCAGAGAGCUCCUCCAAAUCGCCAGCAAAUUACCGGGACUCACAUGAUCUUUCGCUGCCGGCGCGCCAAGUUACUCGCGAUUCUCUCGUCACAAAUAUGCUCUUGUCGCUGGACGCCUUCUCACUUUCGCAGAUAAAUACGCCAGCAACCCCAUUAUCUCCCUUUGACGAAGGCACGUAUGGCUCCAUGUCAAUGAGCGGAGACAGAGACGACAUGAUUAGAACCAUGUCGGGCAUUUCGGCACGUCCUGGACGCGGUAUGCAUAGUUCUUACAACCAUGGCCAUAGCUACACUUAUAGUUCCGACCUAGAGGGAACGGACGAUGGCACUAGUCGCAUUUCGAGUCAGUUCUCUCAUGGCCGACGCAGUAACAGCAGUUCUGGCUUCCAAACGGGGCUUGGCCGCAUCAAUAGCAUGCAGGAGACAUCCUCUGCUCGCGCCAACACUAUGACCGGUGGGAGACCCCUACAUUCCAGGGGAGGUAAAGCCAGCAAAAACAGCAGCAUAAACAGUUUUGAUGCUGGCGGCACUGCACAUGUCUUGGGCAACCAUCGCAUCCCCCAUGGUAUUGGUCGGAGAUCUUCAAGUUUUGACUAUCCUCCAUCCAAUUCUGGAAAUACAGCAGUCGAUGGUAACGGCACGUGGAAUAUUGACUUUUCCAAUUCCCUGUUCAACCCCGACGACGAAGGAGCGCCGACGCCGACAGUACCCGGAGGGCCACGCCGACCUACUGCAGCUCUUCUGCCGCCUGCACCCCCAACAUUACCCAAAAAGCCAGAGCAAGACGAACGCAAGAGAAGCCUGCGUUCUCGCGGCUCCACCACGACUGGACGAGCAGCCUCGAAGCAUCGGCAGCACGAGAUGCCUUCCCAACCGGUGGUCCACGAUUUGGACUCGGCUCCAGCACCCAAUGUUGGCUACGAAAAGUCACAACUACGGGAGACUUCUAGCACAGCCCAAACUCCGCCAACGCAGCCAAAAGAGCGUCCGGGCUUCUUCCGAAAGAUAUUUGGCGGAUCAUCAAAGAACACACAACAAUCCAGCCAGGACCCUCCUGAUCCAGUUCCCGUUUCGACACCAUCAGCUGAAACAAUCGAACGUCCAACCUCAAAGACACCUCAGCAUAUAGCCUCGCAGAUAACACCGUCGUCAGCCCCUCCCUCAAGGGACUCACAUCAACCACAGCCUCCUCAUGUUAUUCAAAAGAAGUCGUCCUUCUUCAGGAGACGGAAGAAGUCUAUUGCCGAGCCGCCACCUGUGCCGUUGCCGCCACCAAAUCUGGCAUCAAUCCCCAACAAGGCAAGAAAAGUCCUAGAUCCCAUGGACCUCGAUGACGAUCCCAUCAUGCCCCUCGAUAGAGUUGAGCAUAGCCCUGCCAGUAGUUUGCGCCAGGUCAUGAUUCCAUAUCUCAAGAGCAGCAAUCCUGCGACACCUAGUGGACUCCUCCCUCCACGGAUAGAAAGAGAAAUUGUAUCUCCAGAGUACGAUGUCGAAGACAGCGAGUAUGAAAGGAGACGAAAGACACGCGGGUUCUCGCCAGACUAUGACCCAACGCCUAAUGCAACCAUCAGGCCAGUCAAGUCACAAUCGGCACUUAAUACUCGCAAUCGUGAAUCCCUGAACGUGGACGUACCAAGACUACCAACGAAAGCCAAUGGUGCAGCCCGUGAGCUUCCAGAAAUACCGGGCGCCAGACCGAAACUUGGUCGAGACACUACAUUCUUUGAGGAUAAUAGUGAUACCGAGGUCGACAGAUCUCACAUUCCUGCGCCCGAACACAGGAGGCCAUCUCUGCUGAGCCCAGCGGAAUCUCAAAGUCUUCCUGGGGGAUUCCCCACCCCGCCUAGCACUACUCCGACAAAAGAGCUACCUCAACCACCGCUCACGCCCGAGCACAAGACGAUGAAUGAUCGAUUUUCCCUGAAGGAAGCUGCCUCGCCUACUUUGGUGUUACAGCAGAAUGUCUCGAAUGAGGAAGGCAGAGCUCGCCCAGAUAGUCUUGGACUUCCCAUUCAGACACAAAUCACGAACAGUCCAGGCAAGCUUAAUGUCUCGGGCCGCAACACGCCUCUUCGGACUGGAUCUACGUCGAGCCUUCCGAGUGUUCAUAUUGAAAGCCCGGAAUCAAUCGUCAAACCUGCCGGCUCCCCAUUGGACGAGCCCGAAAUCACGGUCGGCGAGCCAACAGAGGAUGAUAGGCAGAAAGCACAACGCAUCUUUGAUGGCAGCGAAGAUUUCAUACAGAAAGAGCGAGCAGCAGCAUGGAUGGGUGAAGAAGGACCCGUGCGGCAACGAACUCUUCUAGCCUAUAUGGAGCUGUACGAUUUCACGGAGAAGAGUGUUCUCACCGGCCUGCGCGAGAUCUGCGACAGGCUCAUCCUUCGAGCCGAGACUCAACAAAUCGACCGGAUCUUGGUAGCAUUUUCUGAGCGCUGGUGUGCGUGCAACCCGAACCACGGUUUCAAGGCAAUGGAUGUAAUCCAUACCAUGUGCUAUUCCAUAAUGCUGCUCAACACCGAUCUCCAUGUAGCAGAUAUUGAGCACAAGAUGACACGCAGCCAGUUUAUCAAAAAUACCAUGACUACGGUGAAGGCCGCCUUGGCCGAUUCCAUACCUGAUGCCUUUGACCGUCCAAGCAUCUUGCCAGGCAGAAGCUCCAUGCUCAGUCCGAACGACAAUGAGUCACCAGUCGCCACUGAGCAGGAAAAGAAAAAUUGGCGGGCUUCUUUCAUCCCACCAAGAUCUGACUCGAGGAUUGGCGACUAUGAUCAGGAGCCCGAUUCUUGUGGUCCUCUCGUAAAAGCACCAUUUAAUGGCACAAUGCGGCAAUGGGAGGCACAGAUGGAAAUUGUGCUCAAGGACAUUUACAACUCGAUCCGUGAUGACCGGCUACCCCUAUUUGGUGGUGCCCCAGAGCCGCCACCGCAACAGCAACCGGGAGGUCUAUUUGCUAUGAAUGUGUUGAGACGCACGCCGAGCGUGAUUAGUAAAUCUCCCUCUGAGUCUGCUUCAACCACUAGAGGUCGUCUCGAAGGCACUGGUGGUCCAAAUGGACGAUGGAGUUCCAAGAGUCGGUCGCGGCCACGUCUUGGUACUGCUGGCUUUUCAUCUAGUCGCACUAGCUUCGAUGAUGGAAACUCCAUCUGGAGCCCUGCUGGGUCGUCAGCCACCUGGAGUCGCUACUCUCUGGGUCGGACUCAGACUUCGCCGUCAAUGGAUUCGCUGGGAUCGCAUUAUCUGCACAGCGAUUACCACCAAUCGAUGGGUUUUGCAAGUGCCCUCUCUCAAGCCAUCAUUCGCGAGGACCAUCAGCUUGAGCUCACACGCUCGGUCAUGAGUGAAGAAGUGAAUGGCGCCGCCCUCCUUGACGACGAAUCACUAGAAUUGACGGGACCGCCAUGGAUGAAGGAAGGCAUUGUCAUACAUAAGCAUCAUCUUGACGGUAUCGACAAGAAGGCUAAAGACCGGAACUGGAGCGAGGUGUUUGCUGUCAUUCAAAAGGGACAGCUGAGCCUCUUUUCCUUCUCAUCCAAGUCCACACGCCAGAAGACACGCCUUGGGCGCAAGCACGGCGCCGGUGCUGUGGUCGGCGGUGGAAAUUGGCAGGAAAAUGCCACCAACUUGGGUACCUUUUCGCUUCGACAGACGCUCGCCUCUGCACUGCCCCCUCCUGGCUAUUCCCGGACACGGCCGAAUGUGUGGGCUCUUAGCCUGCCAACGGGUGCUGUGCAUCUUUUCCAAGUAGGCACGCCGGAGAUUAGCAAAGAGUUUGUCCUCACGGUCAACUACUGGUCUGCACGCCUGUCUACUCACCCGCUGGUCGGUGGCAUCUCUAAUAUCGAGUACGGAUGGAGCGAUGCCUGCAUCAAUAAUGCUCUCGUAGCUGCUAUGAGCAAUGACAGCCACAGUACGACGCGGCCUGGUUCAGCUGCGGCGGGGCGCACAUCAAUGCAUAGCCGCAACGGAAGUCGCCAAAGCAGCCUGAGAUCUAGUUUUGAGGUGGGAGGUUCUGGAGUACGUGCUAAGCUCCCUGGUGAUCGCAUUCACAUCUCGGAAUGGGCACCGCCGGCGCAGUCUAUGCGGCCGUCAACCUUUUCCGAGUCUGAACAAUUGGAGACUCUUGAGGCAUACGUCAAGAGCAUCGAAGAUGAGCUACAGAAACAUAAUCAACUCCGGUCGCCAAUGCUCUUGGCAUUUACUCCUAGGGGAAAUAACGCAUCCAAGGCCAUGGCGAAUUGGGAGAAGAAAUCGGCCUACCUCCUGAGGGAAAUUGUCAAAUUCAGGACCUAUGUCGACUCUCUCCAAACGGCCAACACCAGAAGAAAGGAGAUUUAUGACGAAAGAGAGAUUGCCAGACGUGCAGCCCGAGGCGACCACGACGAGGAAGAGGCCAUGGAGGACGAAGACGAUGACACCAAAUUUGAGGUCUAA